UGGGGAGGGCGGCCCGGGGGGGCUCCUCAUCCGAGUGAUGGUGAAGACCCCCAAAGACAAGGAGGAGAUCCUCACCGGCGAACGCGUCUCCGUCAAGGAGUUUAAAGAAGAGAUUUCCAGACGGUUCAAAGCCAAACAGGAUCAGCUGGUUCUGAUCUUUGCCGGGAAGAUUCUGAAGGACAGCGAUACAUUGAACCAACACGGGAUCAAAGAUGGACUAACGGUGCACCUGGUGAUCAAAACCCCGCAAAAGACCCCAGAUCCUUCGGCAGUGGCCACGGCUUCGUCUCCUCCUCCGGCCCCUCCUGCUGCUACCACAACUGCUGCCACUCCUCCCUCUGCAGCCCCUACUUCUCCUGUGGCCCCGCCGCAGCCUUCCACGUCUGGCAGCACGCUGUCGGACACCGGGAACAGCAGCCGGAGGAGCAGCGGGUUAGGGGCUGCUCCGGGCCCGACAGCGGAAGGGACGCCCGGUGGCGCCACUUCCAUCUUGUCUGGCUUCGGGGGCAUCGCUGGACUCGGCCACCUGGGGAUGGGCUCGGCCAACUUCAUGGAGCUCCAGCAGCAGAUGCAGCGGCAGCUCAUGUCCAACCCGGAGAUGCUGUCCCAGAUCAUGGAGAACCCCCUGGUCCAGAACAUGAUGUCCAACCCGGACUUCAUGAGGCAGAUGAUCAUGGCCAACCCCCAGAUGCAGCAGCUGAUGGAGCGCAACCCGGAGAUCAGUCACAUGCUGAACAACCCAGAGCUUAUGCGCCAGACCAUGGAGUUGGCACGCAACCCAGCCAUGAUGCAGGAGAUGAUGCGCAACCAGGACAGGGCUCUGAGCAACUUGGAGAGUAUCCCAGGAGGGUACAACGCUUUGCGCCGGAUGUACACGGACAUUCAGGAGCCCAUGUUCAGUGCUGCCAGGGAACAGUUUGGCAACAACCCGUUUUCUGCCUUGGCCGGGAGCUCUGACUCCUUGACCCCCCAGCCCCUGCGGACGGAGAACAGGGAGCCUUUGCCCAACCCUUGGAGCCCCAUGGCCGUUUCUCAAGGCCAGGCGCCCAGCAGCGAAGGGAGUACCGGGUCUGUCGCCCCCCAGAGCACACCCACGCUGUCCAACCCUUUGGGGAUCAAUGCAGCCAGCCUGGGAUCAGGGAUGUUUAACAGCCCUGAGAUGCAAGGUCUCAUGCAGCAGAUCUCUGAGAACCCCCAGCUUAUGCAGAAUGUGAUCUCCGCCCCUUACAUGCGUACCAUGAUGCAGACGCUUGCCCAGAACCCCGACCUUGCAGCACAAAUGAUGGUGAAUGUUCCCCUCUUCGCUGGCAACCCUCCGCUUCAGGAGCAGCUACGGCUCCAGCUCCCUGCCUUUCUACAGCAGAUGCAGAACCCCGAUUCUCUCUCGAUCCUGACCAACCCUCGCGCCAUGCAGGCUCUGCUUCAGAUCCAGCAAGGGCUCCAGAUGCUGCAGACGGAGGCCCCGGGACUGGUGCCCAGCCUUGGGUCUUUCGGGACGCCUCGAGCCCCACCGCCCUCUGCCGGAGGAAGCACAAUCCCCGAGACCCCCAUGUCCUCCGCUUCGACACCUGCCAGUGCCUCUCCAGCCGGAGACAGCAAUCCACACCAGCAGCUCAUGCAGCACAUGAUCCACCUACUGUCUGGUUCAAACUCUCAAGCGCAGAGCCCGGAAGUGAGGUUCCAGCAGCAGCUAGAGCAGCUGAACGCCAUGGGGUUCAUCAACCGCGAGGCGAACCUGCAGGCGCUCAUCGCCACGGGCGGGGACAUCAACGCGGCUAUUGAGAGACUGCUGGGCUCGCAGCCUUCCUAACGCUGCACGUCCCCCCGAGUCUGCCCGAGCUCAUCUCCCGCACAGGGACCUAUCAAGGA